GCUCGUGUAGCUGGUGUUCCAUCCUCGAACUCUCCCCGAGCUACUCAGACAAGCUGCACGAGCGCUCCUGUCUCAGACCGGUGUCUCUGUCUCUGUCCGGAUAACCGAGCACACUUCUCCUUCUACUGAGAACCCACAACCUGAGGAAACAUGGAGGCCAUCAAGAAGAAAAUGCAGAUGCUGAAGCUGGAUAAGGAGAAUGCGAUAGACCGGGCAGAGCAGGCUGAGGGGGACAAGAAAGGAGCAGAGGACAAAUGCAAACAGCUGGAGGAAGAGCUGCUUGGUCUGCAGAAGAAGCUGAAAGGAGUGGAGGAUGAGCUGGACAAAUACUCUGAGUCACUGAAGGAUGCCCAGGAGAAGCUGGAGCAGGCAGAGAAAAAGGCAACAGAUGCUGAGGCAGAGGUGGCGUCUCUUAACAGGCGUAUCCAGCUGGUGGAGGAGGAGUUGGACAGAGCUCAGGAGAGAUUGGCUACUGCCCUGCAGAAGCUGGAGGAGGCUGAAAAAGCUGCAGAUGAGAGUGAGAGAGGAAUGAAGGUUAUUGAGAACAGAGCAACAAAGGAUGAGGAGAAAAUGGAGAUCCAGGAGAUGCAGCUGAAGGAGGCUAAACACAUUGCUGAGGAGGCUGACCGCAAAUAUGAAGAGGUUGCACGUAAACUGGUGAUCCUGGAGGGUGAUCUGGAGCGUUCAGAGGAGCGUGCUGAGGUGGCUGAGGCGCGAGUGAGGGAGCUGGAGGAGGAGCUCAGACUAAUGGACCAAAAUAUGAAGUCCAUGAUAUGCGGAGAUGAAGAGUACUCACAAAAGGAGGACAAAUACGAAGAGGAAAUUAAAGUUCUUACCGACAAACUUAAAGAGGCUGAGACCCGUGCAGAGUUUGCAGAGAGGUCUGUGGCCAAGCUGGAGAAGACCAUUGAUGAUUUGGAAGAUAAACUGGCCAAAGCCAAAGAGGAGAACCUUGACAUGCAUCAGGUGUUGGAUCAAACCCUUCUGGAGCUCAACAAUCUAUAAAGACCUCUACAAAGCUACAUGAAUGACAGCCUGAAAGACAAAGCAAGACAAAAAAGGUUUAAUCUCCCAGUCACAGCUCCCAGCAUUCAACCUUGGAUGGAAUCUUCAUGUAACAGCAAGUUUGUUGUUAUUGUAAAAAACAAGAGAAUGUGAGUAUUUUCAGGAUUUACUGUAUUUUCUGGUUCAGUCGUAAAUCCAUGGAGCCCCUGAAGUGAUGCGAUCCACAAGUGUCUAUGCAAACUAAAAGUUAUUUUGUGUGCACUUGAAACUGCUGUAUGCACUAGUACAGUUCAGAAAAGAUCUUGUCAUUAAAAAGUUCCUUGUUUGCAUGUGGAGUUAUCUUCUGUGUGUACUGCAAACUUACUGGUGCAUAACUAUACUGUUUCUGCCAGAAAAAUAUUUGUUAUCUAACCAAACAUUGAACAUAAAGGUCAUAUUCAUGAACACAUCAGAACCUACUUUUCUACUGUUGUUGCCUUUAGCAAUAUGAUAUAAGAAGAAGAAUUUGAAACUCCUGAGAUAGUUGCUAAUGUACAAAAGAAACCUUCUCACUUACACAACAUAGUCAUUUCAACUAUGCAACCAGAAAACCUUACGUUUUCGAGUUCUUUUACCUUGGUUAAUACAGUGGGAUUGUCCUCGAUUGUCCUUCCGAAAAAAGACCCAUUAGUUGUUUGUGCAUAUGUAGACUGUGACAAGUCUUAACAUGUCCUCAUGGUUUUUACACCUAACCAAGCCUUAACCAUAGUGGGGGCAGAUCACAAAAUGAUGAUAUUAAUGUUUUUUUGUGAUAGUCAGUUGUUACAGUCAAAUGAUAUCCAAUCAGAACACAGGCUACAUUCAACUUGUAUUCCCUUAAGCAACACACAGUGUAGGUUGGCAGAUAUCUUCAAAUAAAAUUAACUACUUAUAUAUUGACUACAUCAUUUUAUAUAGCCUAGUUAAAACAGGGAUCCUGUAUGUUAAAAUAGUAUGACACCACAUUAUUUUGACUUAAGUAAAAAGGCAACGUUUGAUUAUUAAUAGAAUUAAAUUACCAAUAGAGCACAUUUUAGAAAUGUAAUAAUGAGACUGAUUUUCCAUGUUAAAAGAUACAAUGAAUAAGUGCUGGGAGCUGUUAUACUAAUCUAACUUUGAAUUGUGCUUCAUGUAUUGUUUAAAAAAACAAAUUACCAACAAAGUGCAUUUC